AUGAUACCUGCAGUUUGUCUCCUUUUGGAGCAUAGAUGGAUAACAUCACUUUAAUUUAGCUUUACAAUGCUUUAUUUGUCCUUACACUAUAUUUUACACAAUAUAGUGUUGUAUGUGACUUUUGUACACGCCUACUCUGUGCUACUAGACUAAAGUCCAUCAUGUGUCAUUUGAGAGAGCAUAAACCACCUCUUAACUUUUCAGGAAGUGUUAACGUGCACAUCUGUCUGCUUCUACCCAUGUUGUGCUGUUAGCUAUUGGAAACGGAUAAUUAUCAAAAUAAUAUAAAUCUAAAGAACAGCGCGUGAGAGGUAACCUCUGAGAGACGACAUAAAAACAAAGUUUACUCACCUGUGCAAUGGCGAGUGAACGCUCCCCAAAUGUUUAUGGGGGUCCUCCUCCCCAGUCAGAUCUUAGACUCCUGCUGCUUGGGAGAGUAGGAGCUGGGAAGAGUACAGUAGCCAAAACCAUCCUGGGCAGAGAGAACUUCCGGAGUGAAGGAGGCAUGUGUGUGAAGAAGCAGGGUGAGGUGGCUGGAAGGACCGUCACCGUGGUGGACACCCCGGGCUGGGACACUGUGAAAUACACGUCCACACAUAUCAAACAAGAAAUAAAGAAUAGUGUGACCCUAUGUCCUCCAGGACCCCAUGCUCUUCUUCUGGUGGUGCCCAUGGGCGACCUGCUCUCCUCCGCAGAAAGAAAGGCGAUUCGGUAUCACAUGGAGCUAUUGUCAGUUAGGGCAUGGAAGUUUACCAUGGUCUUGUUUGUCAGUGAGGCUGAGGAGAAAUGCACAUCCAUUGAACAGAAUCAGAUGAUCGACAGAGCAAAGACUAUUCUAGCGAAAUGUGGGGACAGACACCAUCUCCUUGAGUGUGGGAAUUCUCCUCCCCAGAUUUCUGAGCUCCUGAUAAAGCUAGACGCCAUGGUAGCAGAAAACUGUGAAGAAUUCUUAAUCCCCCAAGUAUACUAUGAACUGAUGGAGACCAUGCCAAGGGAAGUGACCGAGCUGAGAAGGAUGUAUGAAGACCGAGAGGACAGACUGAAACAGAAAUACAAAAUGGAGUUGAAGGAAAAGGAAGAAGAGCUGAAGAAGUAUAGAGAAGAAGAGAAGCCUAAAGAAAGGUUGAUGAAGAGGACAAGUAGCAGUCAACUACUUCCCCCCAGUAUAAGCACAGAGAAGCAGGAUGGGUCGGUAAUGGCUCACCAUCAGAAGGUGGACCUACAGGCCGUCAAGCAAGGAUACAGGGAAGAGGCCUUAUCUGUGGUGGGCCACUACGUCAAACCACUAAUAGUGAUUAUGACUGCUGUAGUGGGGGCACUCAUGGGAGCAGUUGCAGGUGCAGAACAUGGAACACUUGGCGCAUGUAUUGGGAUUCCUAUAGGCAUUAUUUUGGCUGUUCUUGUGAGUUAUGCUGUCCGUGGAGCCGCCACAGCAGCAAGGGAAAUUUCCAUCACAGUCCAAGCCGAGGGAAAUGAAAGCCAGAGGAGAGAAGGGGGAGCAGGCUUCUUCUUAGAUUCUCCAAAAUCUAAAAGAUUUGAUAAGGAUCAGUGACACACUUUUGAAUGUCAACACUUUUCUAUUGCUACAGUGUGUAGUGUAUGGACUGUGCUGUAUGGACUCUCAUGGUUCACCUGACUUGACUGGCUGACCCCAGUGAAGAGACAGGACAGACUGCACAGCAAACCGGGAACAUACCCAGGACAUAAGAAAGGGUUUUUAUACAAAAUUAGGAUGUUCUAACAUUCACAAAAACGCACACCAUCUGUAACAACCACCUUUCCCCAAACAUUCUCGUUAUGUUUCCUGGUAAUGUAAUUACACAAUGUACCAGCAAUGUUUUUUGAACAUGCUGCAACAAAAUGAAUGCGCAACGUUCUGGGAACGUUCUUGCAACAUCAGGUGAAUGUCAUCAGCACAACAGGACUCUCAACUCUGUCUCUGUCUUUGUCUGUGUAACUUGUUGUUGAGAGGUUUUUAUUAUCGUGUGGGGGUGAAUGUCUGCACCCUUUGCGACCUGAUGGAUUGUGUUGAUCUGAGUCCUACUAUACUAUUAUCUGGUGUAGUCAUGUUGCCCAGUAGCUGUAGAUGUAUAUUUACACUGACAGCCGCAGAAGAGAAGGAUGAUAGCAGACUUGAGAACUUCGGAAGACAUGAAUCAAAUUCUUCUCAGCUUUUUAAAUGAUCACUGUUCAAGGAUUUCACAGAGACACAUUUAACAUACAGCACAGUAGGCUUGAGCACGAAUGCAUAUAUUUCAGUGAAUUAAAUAAACAAAUGUGAGAUGCCAUAUACUCUGUUGCAAUAGAAAAAAGUGAUACAUUGUAAGGAUGAAUUCAAAACGGUUCUGUUUUCAUAUUGUGCUUCAUUUCAAAACUGUAUCACCACAGAAAUUCCUCUGACACAGUUCUCAUACUUGAUCACUCAAAAGUCUGCACUGAGGCGCUCACUAAACCAACCUGUUACAGCGCACCUCACCUUGGUACCCAGCUAACUAGGGGAUUUUUGCACUGAACAUUCUAUUCUGUAUUUAAUUCAUCUUUAACAUGAUUUAUUGAGCUAUAAAUGUUCUUUUUUAUUUCUGAUAUACAAAACAAAAACACAAAUCCUAAUAUAGAAGCCUAUGUGUCUUUGUUUGAAUGUUUUCAUAUUAUGAUUUGUUUAAAUUAACACAUUCGCUGACAAUGUUACAGACGUGUUUAAUAUGUUAUGUACACCCUCUAUUCGAAUACUUAUGAAAUGCACACUUAUAUUUGGCAACAGUUACUUAUUUUCCCAUCGACCCCCAACCCCAUUCGAUGCGUUGUGGGAGGAGCCAUGUCUACAUAAGGGUGCUAAUAAAUAAACACUCACAAAAGCUCUGA